AUGCACACGCAAUACCUGGAGAUGGUAUUAUUUCUGGAUUGAAAGAAAUUGGAUUACCUUUAAAUCGAGGAUUGUUACUUCUCGCAGAGAUGUCUUCAAAAGGAAAUUUGGCUACAGGGGCUUAUACAGAAGCCACAAUUGAAAUGGCUAAAAGGCAUAAAGAUUUUGUGAUCGGGUUUAUUUCUGGAACAAAAUAUAAUUCUUGUGAAGAAUUAAUUGUUAUGACGCCAGGAGUUUCUUUAGAUAAUUCUAAUGAUGAUUUAGGACAACAAUAUAAACAACCUAGAAAUGUCAUUGAAAAUGGUAGUGAUAUUAUUAUUGUAGGGCGUGGAAUUUAUGGAAAAGGUAAAGAUCCGGUCGUAGAAGCACAGCGAUACAAAAAUGCUGGAUGGGAAGCAUAUUUAGAAAAAUUAGAAAACUAA